AUGUCGCGAAGUCGAACCACGCGCACCCGCUCGGCAAACUCUGGCGCCGCUGCCACGUAUGGAUAUCAUAAUACUUACCAUACACACGCCCAACUGCCCCUUGGCUCUCCGCCCUCGUAUGCCUGUGCCAUUGACCCCCAGACUAUGCAAAGGCUCCAAGCCCGAACAAAAGCAGAGCAAGAUGCCGUCCACACAACCCCUCUUCCACCGCCCUACACCUGCACCGUCGACAUCGAGGGCAUUGUGGGAAUCAAGCAGGAACUCUCGUCGCCCUUUCAAGUCUCGGGUCACCGCGAGUGGACCGACGUCUACGCUAUCCUCCGCGGCACUCAGCUAAGCCUCUAUCGCAUCAAGAACCCGCACCUUCUCAGCAAGAACAAGUCAGCCUCACCCGGCCGUCUGCUCAAGACGUUUUCUCUCCAGCAUGCUGAGGUCGGCGUCGCCUCUGAUGUUAAGAAAUCGGCUUUGGUGCCAAAAUCUCCGUUUGUUCAUUUGGUCCCUGUUGCAGCUCGUCCCAAGCUGUAUGAGUCGGACCCACAACUCUUCGAGCCCGUAAGGGAACAUCCCAUCCGACUCCGCCUCGAGUUUGAACAAUUCUUGCUGUGCCCCCAAUCCGAGGAAAGCAUGCUCGACUGGGUGGAAUCCUUCUGUGCUGCCAUUGACAUUAGCGCCCCGCUAGAGGAUCGCAGCGAGCCUCGCUACAGAAGUUUGCCCCGAAGGAGUCGCAGGCAGCGAGUCUUGGAUGCUGCACAGGUUGGAGAAAAUUUCGAGGGUUUGUCAAGCAUAGAAGCUGGCCGUCGCCUGAUUGCAGAACAGGAGCAGAUUAUGCGACAACUCUACCCCAACCUAGCAGGAAACCGCGAGCCAAGCACAAGCCGCUCAUCUCCCUCUGCCGAUGCUGAGCUUGACGACUUUGACCCAGAAGAUGUUCGCUUCCCUACACGAGAGGCCCAACAGUCUCUGGUGCGUGUCUCUUCCCAAGACCAGGCCGAUGACCAGCAAUCCGAGAACGGAUCCGACCCCAAGUCGACACCUCUGCCUCCACCUUCGCCCGCGCAAAUGAUGCGCUACCGUCGCCGUUGUGCACCUGUACUGCUCGCUUCGUCACCGCGGGUAAGCGAUGUUGUUUUUGCCAAGGGUCAGCGUUUCCGCAUCAGCGUAAAGGCUCACAUGCUUGUUGAGUACACCGCCCACCCGCCGCGCUAUGAUGCACAUGGUUUUCCCAAGACCAGGAGACCGUCUCACACCAGCGCAAGCCAAGAUCCCCCCGCGCCAGUUGCAGACGAAACAGAGCCUGCAACCAUUGUACCGGAACGACCAAGCUCCCCAGUCCGGGGUAUUAGCGAUGAUUCUAUAACGUCUAUUUCAUUUGGCGAAGACCUCGCCCCUAUUAACUCAAAGUCAAACACCGAUGAGACGGGUCCAUCAGGCCCGCCCUCACCAACUGGCAAGGCGCCCAUGGCGGCAGAUGCCGCCCGCCAGUUGGACACCAUUGACAAGAGACGGCCCAGCAUAGAGAGCCGCGAGGCCAGCCUGAACCCCGUCAGUCUCGGUGUCGGACUGCUCAUUUGA